GCUGUGCUGUUCGCACACAGAAUGUAACACCAGCCGCCUAUGAACUCGUAAAGGAAAACAUCAAAGUUUUCCGACCUUCCUGAACUCCGCCUAUUUGGCCUUGUAUGGCUGCACAGAGGAUUCGCCGACGUUCGGGAAUUCCGCCUCUCGUUCCUUUUUUAGCCCAGCACGGGGACUGCCAGACAGCCAGUAUCCGCCUCUCAUGCUUAAUUAAGCUACACAAAGGACUUAUCAACACUCGGAGCGACCGCCUAUUUUACCAAAUAAGGUCGGGCUACCCAUACACGGGGAACAAUCGAGCAAAGUGUACCCUUUCCCUUCCUUAUCCCGUUUAUAUGGUACUGUGACUUCCGCCGUUGCUGUAAGAGCAGUGCGAUCAUGGCGGAGCGCGUUCAGCAGCCCCCAGCUAAACGGCUCUGCUGCCGACCCGGCUAUAACCCGACGUGUAGACAGGGACAGCGGGCCGGAGGAACAGCAUGUGGUGGUCCGGGGACUGCCCAGGGGGGAUCGGGCAAAACCCAGAGCCCGGAGUCGCUACUGGACAUCGCGGCAAGGAAGGUAGCCGAGAAGUGGCCGUUUCAGAGGGUGGAGGAGCGUUUCGAAAGGAUCCCGGAGCCCGUCCAAAGGAGGAUCGUCUACUGGUCUUUCCCCAGGAGCGAACGGGAGAUCUGCAUGUAUUCUUCCUUCAACACAGGCGGAGAGGAGAGUGGGGCCGCCGCGGAAAACAGCGACGAGACGCGGCUGCCUUUCCGACGAGGCAUCGCUUUGCUGGAGAGCGGCUGCGUAGACAACGUACUGCAAGUCGGUUUUCACCUCAGCGGCACGGUGACGGAGGCCGCCACGCCAUCGGAGCCCGAGGUCGUCUGCAACGUGGCCAUCAGCUUCGACCGCUGCAAGAUCACGUCCGUCACCUGCGGCUGCGGCAACAAGGACAUCUUCUACUGCGCCCACGUGGUGGCGCUGUCCCUGUACCGCAUACGCAAGCCCGACCAGGUCAAGCUGCACCUGCCCAUCUCAGAGACGCUCUUUCAGAUGAACCGCGACCAGCUGCAGAAGUUUGUACAGUAUUUAAUCACCGUGCACCACACGGAGGUGCUGCCCACCGCCCAGAAGCUGGCCGACGAGAUCCUCUCCCAGAACUCCCAGAUCAAUCAAGUGCACGGGGCCCCGGACCCCACGGCGGGGGCCAGCAUAGACGACGAGAACUGCUGGCACCUGGACGAGGAGCAGGUCCAGGAGCAGGUGAAGCUCUUCCUGUCACAAGGCGGUUACCAUGGCUCCGGCAAGCAGCUCAACCUCCUAUUCGCCAAGGUGCGGGAGAUGCUGAAGAUGAGGGACUCAAACGGGGCGCGCAUGCUCACCCUCAUCACCGAGCAGUUCAUGGCCGACCCCCGCCUGUCGCUAUGGAGACAGCAGGGGACCACCAUGACCGACAAGUACAGGCAGCUGUGGGACGAGCUAGGGGCCCUGUGGAUGUGCAUAGUCUUAAACCCGCACUGCAAGCCGGAGCAGAAGCUGGCCUGGCUCAGACAGCUGAACAAGUGGAACAGCGUGGACGUGUGUCCCUGGGAGGACGGUAACCACGGAAACGAGCUGCCCAAUUUAACCAACGCCUUGCCUCAGGGCGCGCACGCUAACCAAGAUUUGGCCAACAGGCCCCACCGGACGGUCUUCACGCGAGCCAUCGAAGCGUGCGAUCUGCACUGGCAGGACAGCCACCUGCAGCACAUCAUCAGCAGCGACCUCUACACCAACUACUGUUACCAUGACAACACUGAAAACUCGCUCUUCGACUCCCGGGGACGGCCCCUGUGGCACGAGCACGUCCCCACGGCCUGCGCCCGGGUGGACGCCCUGCGUUCCCACGGCUACCCGCGGGAGGCACUGUGGCUCGCCAUCUCCAUCGUCAACACCCUGCGGCGGCAGCAGCAGAAGCAGCUGGAUCUCUUCCGCGCGCACAAGAAAGAGCUGCUUCUUAAAGGCGUGACCUCAAUCACGAACCUGGAGGGGUGGGUGGGGCACCCCCUGGACCCCAUCGGCACCCUGUUCAGCACCCUGACGGAGACGGGCCGGGGGGACGACGACGGCUCGCCGGGGUUACUGGACUUCUCAGAUGGGGGCGGUCCGGCCAAGUGCUCGGCCCCGCAGCCGUUCCUGGCGCAGCGGCUCCUGGAGGAGGGCGAGACUUGCCUGUCGCUGGCGGUGGAGAUGGCGCUGGUGGGGCUGGGGCAGCAGAGGAUCAUGCCCGACGGGCUGUACGCGCAGGAGAAGGUCUGCCGCAACGAGGAGCAGCUCAUCUCCAAGCUGCUGGAGGUGGACCUCAACGACCACCUGGUCAAGAUAUUCCGCAAGCAAGCAGUCUUCCUGUUAGAAGGCAAGGCACGCCCACCGUCCUCGUCUCAGCAGCCUCCUCACAGAGAGAGCGUUCCCAUGCACACCUUCGCCAAGUAUCUCUUCACCUCCCUCCUACCUCACGAUGCUGAACUGGCGUAUAAAAUUGCACUGAGAGCCAUGCGGUUACCAGUGUUGGAAUCCACGGCUCCGACAGGCGACAUGUCCCGGCCUCACCACAUAGUGUCGGUGGUUCCCAACCGCUACCCGCGCUGGUUCACCCUCAGCCACAUCGAGUCGCAGCAGUGCGAGCUGGCCUCCACCAUGCUCACGGCAGCCAAAGGCGACGGUCGACGGCUCGAAACAGUAUUAGAGUCCAUCCAAAAAAACAUCCACUCCUCAUCCCACAUCUUCAAGCUGGCCCAGGAUGCCUUCAAGAUCGCCACACUCAUGGACAGCCUGCCUGACAUCACUCUGCUCAAAGUCUCCCUGGAGCUGGGUCUUCAGGUUAUGAGAAUGACGCUCUCCACGCUGAACUGGCGGCGGCGGGAGAUGGUGAGGUGGUUGGUCACGUGUGCUACUGAAGUGGGCGUGUUCGCGCUGGACAGCAUCAUGCAGAGCUGGUUCACGCUCUUCACACCCACAGAGGCCACCAGCAUCGUGGCCACCACGGUGAUGUCCAACAGCACCAUCGUGCGGCUCCACCUGGACUGCCACCAGCAGGAGAACCUGGCGGGCAGUGCCCGGACGCUGGCGCUGCAGUGCGCCAUGAAGGACCCGCAGAACUGCGCCCUGUCGGCGCUCACGCUCUGCGAGAAGGACCACAUCGCCUUCGAGACGGCCUACCAGAUCGCGCUGGACGCCGCCGCCACCGGCAUGAGCUACACGCAGCUGUUCACCAUCGCCCGCUACAUGGAGCACCGCGGCUACCCCAUGCGGGCCUACAAGCUGGCCACGCUGGCCAUGACGCACCUCAACCUCAGCUACAACCAGGACACGCACCCCGCCAUCAACGACGUGCUCUGGGCCUGCGCCCUCAGCCACUCGCUGGGCAAGAACGAGCUGGCCGCCAUCAUCCCCCUGGUGGUCAAGAGCGUGAAGUGCGCCACCGUGCUGUCGGACAUCUUGCGGCGGUGCACGCUCACCACGCCGGGCCUGGUGGCCCUGCACGGGCGGAGGAACUCUGGGAAGCUGAUGUCGCUGGACAAGGCCCCGCUAAGACAGCUGCUGGACGCCACGAUCGGGGCGUACAUCAACACCACGCACUCGCGGCUGACCCACAUCAGCCCGCGCCACUACAGCGAGUUCAUCGAGUUCCUGGGCAAGGCCCGAGAGACCUUCCUCAUGGCCCACGACGGACACAUCCAGUUCAGACAGUUCAUCGACAACCUAAAACAGAUUUACAAAGGCAAGAAGAAACUGAUGAUGCUGGUCCGAGAAAGGUUCGGUUAACCAGUGUUUCUGCCCCCCCCCACCCCCCUCUUUUUACUUGAGCCCCCCCCGGCCUUUGUGCCCCCUUUUUAAAUUAAAAUGAAAAAAGAAAAAAAACGGACGAGGAAAAAAAAAAAAACGACAAAAAAUAAAACGACAAAAAACACUAACAGAGCCACACCGGUAUUAUGUGUGCAGAACUAUUUAGUUCGCAAAAAAAAGAGAAAAUUGUCAUGUUGUGAAAGUUUGUGUGUUUUUCUUUUUAUUUGUAUGAGUGAGAGAGAAAGAGAGAGUGUGUGAAAGAGAGAGAGAGAGGCAAGAGAAAAACAAAAUGUUUUGGUUUACACUGAGUAUAUGUUGUCCAGUGGCGAAAGUCCACAUAGCUCUCCUGUUACUUCUGAAAGCAUUCACAGCCUCAAAAAAAUAUGGCUUUAAACCAAACAAAACACCUCCAUCCUAAGUGACAAGUACCUCGUAUGGAUCCAGCUUUACUCCUUUGUAAUCCAUUCUCACAUUUCAGUGUAGUUUCAAAAAGAAAAAAAAAACGCAAAAGGAUACAACCGAAAAAAAAAAUACAGAUUUUACUUUGAAAAAAAGGAAAAUAAAGAAACAAAAAAGAACCAGAGAUCUCCAACUCCAGGCUGAUCACAUGGCUUUGCAGUGCUGUUUGUCAACAACCACAACAACAAGAAACAACGGAAGCGUGUCACACUGCUCAUUUCGUGUGGAAACUUAGCGACUGUCAACAUACAUUCUCAGGGAUUUCUCAAGAAAAAAAAAAAAAGAAACGAAAAAGGAAGAGUGAGAGCAUUUAUUGUACUGUAUAUAUGAUAGUAUAUGUCUGAAUAUUGGAGAAAAAAAAGUAUACGUUAACUAAUUUAUAAAGAAUAUUCUAUGUAAUGCAAAAUACUUGAAGCUGCAGUAGCUUGGUUUUAAACAGAAACAUAUCAGAAGGACCUUGCACCAGGGCUGGCUCAGGUGGUUCAUUUAUACGCUGGGCAUCUAUGCAGAGUCUCCUAUUCAACUGCAUGAUCGGACUGGUAUAUAUUUCAACACAUAAAUGGGGUAUAUUUUGUAUCUGCGUACAAAAUAUAUUUCUGCCGUACACACACACACACACACACACACACACACACGUAAAGGGCACCGUAGAUGGACGAAGCAGAGCAGUGAGCCUUAGCAUAAAGAUGCCAGGAUGCAGGACUUGGUAUUGUGAUACAGGUCUUUUUGCCUCCGAGCCUAGAAAUGUAGAUCCAACAUAAACAGGCUUAACAGAGUCAACCUUUUCUUUUUUUUUUCUUUUCUUUUUGUAAAAACUAAUCAACGUUAAUCUGAAAACUACAGAAUAAAUUUGGCUUCACCACGUUUGCGUCUAUUUUCCACAGUGAACAAAAACAAAACCAACAAAAAAAUGUUUUUUCUGAAAGCUCCAUUUAUGCACAAUAACAACCACACCGAUUCUGCAGACAUCUUGACUUUGUGCAGGACUGAAAGUUGCUGUGUAGGUCUGACUGUUCUAAUUUAAUUAAAUUUUUUUAAAACGCUUUUUUCCUCUUUUUUAUUUUGUUUUUUUCUCUAGAAUUCCUCAAACAAGAACAGCCUUCUUUCUUGCCUUGUCUUAACGCUUUAAAAUAACCAAACUGGAGUUCUAACAACCAAACUUGUUCAUUAAAUGAAAAGCCAACCAACUUUGGUUACAACUUUAGUGUCUUUAAUUUUAGCUGAAUGGGUCUGUAUUUUGUGCUUUAAAAAGCAGUUUCCUUAUGUUUUUUGGUGCAAAACGUUGUCUAGUGUCUCUUGUUCUCUUCCUUAGAGGUAUGUCUGUAGCUCUUUUUUGUUUAGAAACAAAAUAUCAUGUUUCUCAGUUUUAUUUAUUAUGAUAGGUAAGCGAUUGUUCUUCAUCACCUGUGUCAACAUGCUCAUGAAGUUGAAAUUAAGAUUUGAUACACCGAUAUCAAUUUAUUUAUGUAACUAAAUCACUGUUUUAUAAACUUGUUAAUGAUUCAACAUUUUUUGUUUUAAUUAAAAUUAGUUUUUUGAGAGGUAAAAA